UCACAUAUUACUAUUAUAUUAUAUUGCUAUUGAUAACAUUGCGAUAACGCAAUUUUUAAGACAGUACUUGAAAAUAUAUUGAGUAGGAUGUAAUUAAGUUGGCAACAUUGCAGUCAUGUUUGUUUUUUUAAACAAAGCUCUUACUUAAUCGUUUGCGUACUAGAGGGUUUUGACAAAACAUGAUCGAAAAACGCCAAGAAGCGCGAUCGGGCUCCUUCGAUUAUAUAUCGAAAAAAGCUGAAGAGCGCGAUAGCGCUUGUCAUGUUCAAUGCGGUAAUCGACUGUAUAUAUAUAUAUGCAAUACAUGAAAUAAAAGGUUAUGAAUGAAAAAAAAAAUAUAUAUAUUCUAUUAAUUUAGAAUAAGUAACAACAAAAUACAAAUUGGAUUGCUGAUAGCGAUGCGACGUACAUGCGUUGAAAGGCUGAACGUGUUUCGACAAGUUUUGGGUGAGCCAUCAUUUGUCUGUUUUGGCUAAAUUCCCUAGCUUUUUUCGACACAAAAUCUGAAGAACACGAAAAUGGCUCGUGGUACGCAAACGGUUAAAAAUGUAUAAAGUGGGAUGCAAUUAAUUAUUUUUCACGUAAGUGAUUGGGCCAAUAAUUUUAUAUAAUAAUAAAUCAAAUAUAAUUACUAAUGACGUAUAUAAAUACAUCAUUAGAUCACAGUGAUACUUCGUUAGAUGAAUACAUCCGCUCACAGUAAUCUAAGGAGAGGUUUGACAACUUAUAUUCUAAAUCGUUCUGAACAAUUUCUUCAAUCAUUUGAUUUGCAUGAUACAUACUUGGUUAUUGAUGGCUCUAGCAUUGGAUGUCAAUUGUAUUCUCACUAUACAAAAAGUAAUCCUGCAUUUGGAGGUGAUUAUGAUAAAUAUGCUGAAUGUGUGCGACAUUUCUUCUGGGAACUCAAAAAAUGCAAUAUAAUACCAUUAGUUCUAAUAGAUGGUGGUUAUGAAAAUAGAAAAUCAAAGACUGUAAUGAAACGUUCACGUGAGAAAAAUCAAGCAGCUGAAUCUUUUACUCUAUCAAACCAGAAUAAUGUAUAUUACUUUCCUAUUUUGAUGUAUUAUGUCUUUAAAAGUAUUCUGCAAGAAAUGAACAUUAGAUAUAUUCAAUGUUUAUUUGAAGCUGAUAAUGCUAUAGCUAGCGUAGCUAAACUUUUAAACUGUCCUUUACUUAGUUCUGAUUCUGAUUUUUACAUUUAUGGAGCAUUGUAUAUACCAUUUGUAACAUUGGAAAAUCAUGUAAGAAAGUGGAGAAAAUAUGUAAAGCCCUGUAAAAUUUAUAAAGUUGAAACUUUAUUAAAUACUUUUAGUGGAUUGACUGAAUCACUAUUACCCUUAGUUGCUACUUUACUAGGGAAUGAUUACAUACAACAUUAUGAAUUCAAAAAUUUUUAUGACAAACUAAAAUUGCCAAAAAUUGGGCGGGUUAAUUGGAAUUUACAGCAAUGUCGUAUAGAAGCUAUUUUAAAGUGGUUGAGUAAGCACACAUUAAAUGAGGCUAUAUUAUUAAUAAUAAAAACAUUGCCACAGGAAAAUAAAAUACGAACACUCAGAGCAAUUGAGAUGAUCAUAAAUGAAUAUACCAGUAUAUCAAUAAAUAUCUUGGAACCAUUGGGUUUUUCCAAAGAAAAUGUUGAUAAAAUUAUUUUACGAAGUAUAAAAAAUAAUUGCAAGUUUCAAACAGAUAUAAGUGAUCUAAUAAAAGAUCUAUCAAAAGAAUUUCAAAAUAUGAAUGAAUUUGAUUUGGAGACUAUAAAUGAUGCUUUCAUUAAUAGUUUACCCUCUUGGUUCAUUAAUGAAUAUCGUAAAGCUUUGUUACCAAAUUAUUUUAUGAAUAUAUUAAUGCAUAAAUUAUAUAUAUGUCCUAUACAAAUUGAAGAUUAUCGUCAACCUUCAAGUAUAUUUAUAAGUGAAAAGAUUAUUAAUGUUAUAUGUACAUUACUUGAAUUAGAAUUUGAACAAACAAGUAAAUGUUCAGAAUACAUAACUAGAGGACAAAAUAAUCAGUUAUCUCAUUAUCCAUUCAAAUAUAUUGAUAAUAUUGCUUCUUAUAAAAUUCUGUCUUUGCACAAUCUCAGAAAAGUCCCAAUGAAUAUAAGGAAAGAAAUUUAUGAUAAUACCUUAGAUAUACAACAUGAUAUUAUAGUUAAAUUUCCUGAAAAUUGGAGAUUGUAUAUUGCAACAGCAAAAUAUUGGACAGAUAAUUUACCAGCAUGCAAAUCAGAUGCUCAUAUAUAUGCAUUGCUCUUUGCAAUGCUGCUUCAUAUUAUUGAUUCGAAAAUUGGUUAUUGUAGAUCUAUGCAUACAUUUAAAAAUAAAUAUAAACAGAAAUUGGAAGCAAUAGAAUCUUCGAAAAAACUAGUACACAAUAAAUAUUCUUUAUUAGAUUGUUUUGUAGAAAAAAGUAUUAUGGAAGCUCUUAAUGAAAUUAUGGAAUUUGAUUGCCUAAUGUUAGCGCCAUUCUUUAUAUCUAAUAGUGACAUGAACAUCAAACUUCAACAAAAUCCAAAAAGCUACAAACGAGGAGUUGUUCAUAUAUUUGCACAAUUUCAAAAUUGUUUAAAACAUAGUAUUGAUCUAAAUGUAUUAUUAGGUUGUCCAUAUCAACUUAUGAAAAUCUCUGAUAUGUUUAAUGGUACCUUAUUAUAUAAUCUAUAUAAUAAUUUUAUAAAGCGUAAGAAAAUAGAAGAUUAUAUAUAUUGCAUACUUCAGUGUUCUCCAAAUUUUUGUCGACUAUUUCAUAUAAUUUUAAUGGAAGCAAGGUUAAUGUUUAAGUUACCUGUUUAAACAUUUUUAGUUUUACGAAGAAAAAAGAAUAAAAUUUAUAUUUGAUACACAUGAUAUAAUG